AUUCGAGAAGAGAGAGAAAUCGAGAAGCUCCUCUCCCCUUCUCCUCCAUUGUCGCUCUCCAGUCGAGAACAGGAAACGAAGAAACCCUAGAAAUCUCCAAUUUCGUUCAUUGAUUCCCUCAAUCCCUUCCAUGUCGACGUUACCUUCGUCCUCUUCAACCUCUGCCUCUUCCCAGUUCACCUACCAGACCGGAUCUUCCUACUUCCCUCUUCCCUUCCACCUCCAGCAGCCCACCACGCAGUACGCCGCCGCAGCUCCCCCGCCGCCGCCUCCCGUGGCCGCCGCCGCCGCGACGGCCUAUGCCGGCCCUGUCUACCCCGCUCCCCCGCCGGCGCCGAUCGCCGGCGUCUAUGCUCUCCCUCAGUUUCAGCAGGCGCAGCAAUUGUUUCAAAAGGAUGCACAGAUUAUUACACCCGAAGCAAUUGAGAGUGUAAAAGCUGCCCUUGCUAGCAGCGACAUCGAACACAAAGCGGAAGCCAAGAAGAAAGCAAUUCCUCGUAAAGCUGCUGGGCAGUCGUGGGAGGAUCCAACACUUGCGGAGUGGCCUGAAAAUGAUUAUCGAUUAUUUUGUGGUGAUCUUGGUAAUGAGGUGAAUGAUGAUGUACUUUCAAAAGCCUUUUCGCGAUUUCCUUCCUUUAACAUGGCCAAGGUUGUCAGAGACAAGCGGACAGGUAAAACCAAGGGCUAUGGAUUUGUUAGCUUUGCCAAUACAACUGACCUUGCUGCUGCACUCAAGGAGAUGAAUGGUAAGUAUGUGGGGAAUCGUCCGAUUAAGCUCCGAAAAAGCAACUGGAAGGAGAGAACUGAUUAUGAGGCUUUAGGACGACAUAAGAAUCAUAGUCAGAAGAAGCCAAAGCUUUCAAAGAAGGGGAUAUUUCACAAAUAGCUCUGGAACAUGACUUCUACUCAUUUUUAUAUAAUCUUAAGAUUUCGAUGUUUUUCUCACUGUGUAUUAAAUCUAGUGAUCCUUGGGCACAUUUAACUCGAAUCAAAUCAUGUGGUUACCCGAUUUAUAUCAUCUCAUUAGCUUUAGUGUUCUUAGACUAUUUGCAUGAACACCAUUUCAUACUGUCAAUGUCCAUAAUUUAUCUCAGAAUGCCGGGCGUGCAUAGUGUUUUCUGGGGACUA